UGUAUUACUUGUAAGAGAGAGAAGCACGUAAACAAUGAAUUUUAAACCUUUGUUGAUAUUUACAUUGGUUUUAAUGGUAAAUGGUGCUGAUGACAAAAGUGUUGAUUAUAUGGACAGUGUGAUCAGUAUGUUGAUGACCGGAGAUUCUGUUGACUACGACGAGGAUAACAAUAAUGAAGCGGAAACGGAACCGACGCUGAUUGGAGGCGUCUGGCAAUGUGGCAGCUGCGCGCUGAUUGGUGAUCACAGCCUUAUAUACAGCGAGCACAACACAGCGGAGAGCUACCUUGAUGAUUUACCAAUCGAGAUACAGAUCGGCAUAGCGGCUCCGAACAUGCGCUGUGUGACAUUGACCACAGAUUUGAGCUCGAGUGUCGUCAGAACCGUGGCCGGAGCGUGUAGCAGCGGCGUCGUCACCUUAUCUGUGUCGCCGCCGCAGAAGUUUAUUGUUAGAGCGUAUUCUUAAAUGUUUCUGUAAU